AUGAUACCCUUUUCUUCUUCAGGGGCCAAAGCUCUUGUACGAGAAAUCGGCAGGUGCCGAAAUCAGCCUGUGCUUCGCCAUUUCUCUUCUUUUCCAGCCGUCUACAGAAGCCAAUUCUCCAAAUACGCAACGGCUGAAUUCCACAACGAAAAACGGCACAACGGGCAUAAUUCCCAAAACAAACACUCUUUUUUCGAAUCCUUCCCGCCAUUGGGCUCCACAAGCAUUGGAAUUUCUUCGGGAGUGAUCCUUUUCUGGCAAUGGGAUCAGCUCUCGAACGAUUCUGAUCCCUCCUUCCACAGUCUAAAGCCUGUGGAAACAGCAGAAACGUACGAGAUGGGCCUUUAUCUAGCAUCGCUCAAGGAGGAGGACGAGCUUUUCCAAGAGCACAGACAGCGUAAGUUGCGUGACGGGCCAUGGUACUCGCGAAUCUUCUAUCGCAUCAAGUUUGCUCUUGAAGACUAUGUGAUUGACCCGAGCAUCACGUUCGUGCGCUUUUUGGAGCUCGCUGCUAUCAUAUUCCCGUUGAUUUUCUCGUCGCCCAUCUGCUGGCUCGGACGGAAAAACCAUAAGGGCGACGGAAAUGCUCGUUUCGGCGCUCGUCUUUGGUAUCGCUACUUGAGAUGGUCAGCCGAAGUCGCAGGCCCUUCGUUCAUCAAAUUGGGCCAGUGGGCCGCUUCCAGAACAGACAUUUUCCCUAAGGAGCUCUGCGAAGAGUUGUCACACUUGCAUUCGAACGCCAAGGCCCACUCUUUCCACCAGACAAAAAAGAUUCUCAGCGCCAGUUUCGGGAUGCCGUUUGAGGAGAUUUUCGACGAGUUCAACAAGAAACCUUUGGGCGUCGGAGCUAUUGCGCAGGUGUAUUUAGCCAAGUUGUCGGACAAAGCCAUCCAAAGGGCAAAGACGGAGAACGAAUUGAAAGUCCAGCUCAGCUUGAACCUGGAUGCGCCUGAACAUGUGCAAUUUUGGGAAAAUGUUGUGGUUACUCAGCUGGCCAGUCUGGUUAACUCGGGUCAAGAAGUCGCUAUCAAAGUUUUACAUCCACAUGUCGAGGUCAAGGUGCUCCGAGAUUUGAAAAUCAUGGCCUUCUUUGCCAACAUGAUCGAUAUUAUUCCUACUAUGGAGUGGCUUUCACUUCCACAAGAAGUGGAACAGUUUUCCAUCUUGAUGCGGCUCCAGCUUGAUUUGAGAAUUGAAGCACUAAAUUUGGCCAAGUUCCGUCACAAUUUCCGCAAGAGGCUCGAUAUUCAUUUCCCCAAACCGUUUUUGAACUUCAGCUCCAAAGACGUCUUGGUUGAAGAAUAUGUCAAGGCGAUCCCCAUGAGCCGAAUGCUUUCGUUAAAGGAUAACUUUGGAAAAAACUUGCUGAAGGAAAUCAGUGACAAAGGUCUUGACUCGUUUUUGCAAAUGUUACUUUUGGACAACUUUGUGCAUGCUGAUUUACACCCUGGCAACAUGCUUGUUAGAUUUUACAAGAACGAGUUGUUUAAGCACGAGAAAGAGUACAAGAUUGUCAAAUCGAGCAAUGAACAGGAAACAAAUCGAAUCACAGAGGAGCUACUUGCUUUGGGAAAUGACGAUGCUGCCUGGUAUCAGAGAUUAGAACAGCUUUACGAACAUGGUUAUCAUGCCGAGAUCUGCUUUUUGGAUGUCGGCUUGGUGACCGAACUCAAUCAAACAGACCGGUACAAUUUUAUUGAUUUGUUCAAAGCACUUUCGGAAUUCGACGGUUACAGAGCCGGCGAAUUGAUGGUGGAAAGAUCCAGAACACCUCUGACUGUGGUGAAUAAAGAGAUUUUCGCUUUGAAAGUGGAAAAAUUGGUUGACCGUAUGAAACAGAGAACAUUCACUUUGGGCAAUGUCAGCAUAGGAGAUCUUUUGGACCAGGUUUUGGGAAUGGUGCGUACGCACCACGUUCGAAUGGAAGGAGACUUCAUUACCGUGAUAGUGGCAAUUCUUCUUUUAGAAGGCAUUGGAAGACAGCUUGAUCCAGAAUUGGACUUGUUUGCAAGGUUCGUAUACGCACUUUUGUGGGGGUUUCCCACAGAGCAGAUGGUGGGGCUUAAUUUUGCAUAA